GACGCAUCGUAGAAUAAUGACAUAUUUAUAUAAUAUUAUGAGCUCAUACUGUGAAGAUUAUUACUAUUAAGCUAGAAAUAUAAUCACUGUGAAAAAAGAACUUCUAUCGUUAUUUGUUAUAAUACCAUUUCCUCUAUUCUGUUUGUGAAAUCAUACCGUAUGAUAGAAUGCAUUAUGUAUUUCGCUUUCGUUUCAUCUAUAUAGCUCUUAUUCUUUUAUCACUGAAAUCUGACCGUAAACUGGGAGUGCAUUCAGACAUUGAUUUGAUCUCUACGCACCCAUUGAUAACAAAAGCUAUUUACGGUAGAAAACAAAUACAGUUAUUCACACGGCGUGGGCUAUGAAUUAUUAUGCCCCGCAUUGCAUGCUGCGCUUUGGGAAACUUGAUAUCCAACGGACAAUAAAUGAGUUUUGUUGUAAAUAGCUAUUCGUUCUCUCUCCUGUGGUGAUAUAAGAAUAGUUUUGUACUAACUGGUGCCAUUUGGAAAAGUUACUUUCAUACUUUCGAGGAACUCUGUUAUAGAGACAUCAUGUGGCAUAUGAUAGUGUGUGUCCUGAGAAGGAGUCACCGAAAUGUAGACCAUACAGAGCAACAUAGUGGAUCACUUUAAUUAACAAGAACUGUUUUAUUGGCGUCCUACGAAGAUUCAGAUCGACACCAGUUCCCCCAUUUCUCCAUGGAUUCACUAUUCUGAGGUUUGGGGGUCAGACUUUUUGCACCACCAGCUACUGAUGGGUGAAAAGUAUAGGCAUAUAUCCAUUGUUUCAUAAAGUAUAAGAAUAGUUGAUAAUUGAUCAAUCACUGAUAUAGAGACGGAAGUGUUUCCCGAAGUUCUGAAGAAGUGAUCCUUGUUAGUGACACACAAACACUGAUAACAUCAUUUGAAGUGUGUCUGGAUUCAAGUUUAUAUGCUUCAAGGUUUCCUGUUUUAAGAUAAAAGCGAUAUCUUACUUAACAUGGUGCCUCAGUCGGACGUUUCUUUGUGGUUUUGGCUGACCGUCUGUACGCUUCUCAUUGGUUCUUCAUUGACCAGUGGAUAUCAGUAUGGUGUUAUAACUGGACCAUCACAGUUUGUCAAAGAUUUUUACAAUGAGACUCACAUCUAUCGCUAUGGUUCACCAUUAGAUGAAUACGGACAGGCCUGGUUAUGGGCUACCACUAUUACAGUCUUCUGUAUCGGUCGUAUUGUGGGUGCCGUGGCAGGGGCAAAAUUGUCUCACAAAUUUGGAAGGAGCCGUACAUUGAUUGGCAACAGUGUAUUAUCCAUUGUGUCAUGUAUCUUAAUGGGGAGCAGCGAAGCCGCUGGGUCACCCGAGCUUCUUAUUUUCUGUCGAGCAAUGAAAGGUCUCGAUGUUGGUAUAUCUUUGACCAUAGUCCCUGUGUAUCUCAGUGAGAUCAGUCCUAAGAGAAGACGAGACUCGAUAUGUCGGCUCCACCAAGUAUUAUUCACUGUCGGCAUAGUCGUCGGCCAGAUAAUGGGUUUCUUCGUGUUCAAAGGCAGAAAUAUUUGGCCUGGCGCUCUUGGGUUGCCUGCCCUCAUCGAUCUCUUUCAGAUAGUUCUUCUUCUGUUUUGUCCAGAGAGUCCUUUUUGGUUGCUUCAUGUUAAGUUUGCAGAGGAAAAAGCGGCUGGAGCUCUUCGUCAGCUCCGGGGUGAAGAUGAGGUUGAACAGGAGAUCCAAGUUCUUCGUGAUGAUCAUCGCUCUAAGUCAAGAAUCGUCCGGGCGAGUGCAUGGGAUGUUAUCUUCCUCAGGGAUGCUAACUGGAAAAUGCCGUUACUCAUGUGCAUCUUACUGCGGUUAGCCCGUCAACUUUCCGGUAUUAACGCGAUUAUUUUCUACUCCAAUGAGAUAUUUAUAUUUGCUGGAUUGACAGACAUACAAACUGGGUUAGCUUCCCUGGCAUGGGCCGGUUUCUACUGUACAGCUACUGUGGUUGAGUACUUUGCAAAUCUAUCAAGAUUUCAACGGAAGCCUUUGCUUCUCUCAAUGUAUGGGCUGCUGACGUUGAGUGCAAUUGCUUUUACAUUGUUUCUGAUUUUCGAGUACCGUGUUUCAUGGCUGUCGUGGUUUGCCCUCGUAGCACUUUGUGUAUUUUUCAUUGCAUUCCCUUUGGGUUCAGGUUAUCAAAAUACUGUUUAA